GCCAUGUUUCAGUCGCAAGCAAACAUAUUUCUUUUUCAUUUUUACGUUUAUUUCUUUCGCUUUAUUAUGAAAUAAUAACAAUAUAUUAAUAUCGAAUUAAGAAAGCAAAACAAUAUUCGUGAUUUAAGAAACUCUACAGAAUGCUAAAGUGAUCACAACCGACGCAUGCGUGGUCAGGAUGUUUGGUCACCGUAACAGUUCCAUGAAGCCCUUAACAGCUACUUUCUGAUGACCAUUAUAGAAUUGCAUUGCGUCUACUGACUCUUAAGUCUUUUGUGUUGCGUUUCAUUCUAUAGAAACACAAAUAACAAAGACACUAUGGCACUCCAGAAAGAAGAAACUCUUGCAAUGAGGAAGAGACUAAUCGGACAGUCCUGCAAACUCUUUUACUCCGAGGACCCCUUGAAAAUAGUGAGAGCAAGAGGGCAGUAUUUAUUCGAUGAAAAUGGCAAGCGCUAUCUGGACUGCAUCAGCAACGUUCAUCAUGUGGGCCAUUGUCACCCAGACAUAACAAAGGCUGCAGCAGCACAAAUGGACCUUCUAAACACCAAUUCACGAUUCCUGCACGACAACAGGGUCAUGUACGCAGACCGCCUGUCUGCCACCUUGCCUGAGAAGCUGUGUGUCUUCUACUUUGUUAAUUCUGGGUCAGAGGCCAAUGAUCUGGCUCUGCGACUGGCACAGCAGUAUACCCAGCACGAGGAUGUCAUUGUGCUUGACCAUGCAUACCAUGGGCAUCUAAUGUCCCUCAUCGACAUUAGUCCUUACAAGUUCCGGAAACUGGCAGGACAGAAGGAAUGGGUUCAUGUGGCCCCCUUACCAGACACCUAUAGAGGCAUAUACCGCGACACUCACCCCGACCCAGGACAAGCAUACGCUGAUACAGUUAAAGACCUCAUCGAGGAUGUGCAUAAUAAAGGUCGAAAGAUCUCUGCAUUCUUUGCCGAAUCCUUGCCAAGUGUUGGAGGACAAAUCAUCUUCCCUCAAGGAUACUCAACUAAAGUUGCAGAAUAUGUGCGCUCUGCUGGAGGUGUGUAUGUGGCCGAUGAGGUGCAGACGGGCUUUGGACGUGUGGGGAGUCACUUCUGGGCCUUCGAGUUGCAGGGGGAGGGUUUCUGCCCCGACAUAGUGACCAUGGGCAAACCGAUGGGCAAUGGGCAUCCCCUGGCAUGCGUGGCCACCACAGCAGAGAUAGCUGGAGCGUUCACAGCCAAUGGAGUGGAAUACUUCAAUACGUUCGGAGGAAACCCAGUGUCCUGUGCAAUUGGCCUGGAAGUCCUGAAUGUGAUUGAGAAAGAGGACCUGAGAGGAAAUGCCACAAGGGUGGGAGCACAUCUGAAAGGUUUACUCACAAAGCUUCAAUCCCAGCAUCAAAUAAUUGGAGAUGUCAGUUAUUGGGAACUUCGCUUGAUAGGUAAAGUCUGGUCAUCAUUUAGUUCUUUCUUUCUUUUUCUGUUUCACAACCAACCCUGAUGAACCCUCUGACCUCCAAUACUUGCCACAUCCAACUAUUUCCGUUCAUCCUGGUUGAUAGUGGAUGAUCGACACUAAUCAUUGGAUUUGCUUUAAUUUUUUUUCACUUGACUGAACUCAAAUGAAAUGCUCAACAACCAGGAUAUUAUGCAUCUACAUUAUCAACACUUUCACUAUGAAACUAUAUUAAUUACUGUUGACUGCUCUCACUUGUACCUCAGUGUUUGAACACAAAAUAUUGUAGAACAAGAUUCAAUAUCAGGAUUCAUAAAACUGUUGUUUUUGUACUGCUGUAAUAAACAGGUAAUUCAGUGGACAUAUGACCUUGUUUUUGAAAAUGGUCAGAUGUUUUUAAUAGUAGAGUAUUACUGCCCAGAUAUCGUCACACUGGCAAUAUGUUCUCUAUUUAUGCAGUAUAGUGCUAGUGCAAUAGUUCAUAUAGUAUUUCAGCAGUGCUGUCUGAUGUAUGGUAACAAUUAUUGUACCCUAAACAUCGAGUAUCACUGACCAACACUCUGCACCAUCAGAGUGAUGAUCAAUGACAUGACGGACAAUAAGCAAAUACAUGUGCAGUGUUCAGUCUGCAAUUGAAUGUCCCCGAAUACAGAACACGUCAUGGUCAGGAGUAAUGAUUUGAUAGGCGAUUGAUUUUGGAUGGAUGGCUUGUGGGAUAUGUUUCAAAGUAUUUUUUUUUCAUGGAAAUAUGCCAGCCAUUUAUUAGUGCAUCAAAUAAGCACCUCCUCCCAUAAAAAAAACAAACAAAA